AUGGGAGAUAUUAAUCUCUUAGGAAUUGCACUAAAGGUUAAGAAUGUAUUUGGAAUUGCAAAGGAACUUUUACCCGGCUAGUUAUUAGAAGUCUUCACGAGAGGUGUUUCAAUUUUACAUUAUAGAUAUUCACUACUUUUUUACUAUCGCCUAGAUGAAGAUAUCGGCUUGACAUUCUAUGACAGUUCGAUAUAUGGAAAUAAUAUAUAAUCUACUUCAGUAGAACUAGGAAAUUAAGGUAAACUUCUAUGGAUUCCUAACUGGGAAUAAGUUAUUUUGAAUGAGGAAACUUGGACAGAUGAUUUCAUUACCUACUAGUACAUGGAUAGGGGAUUAUACUUUUAAAAUGGAAAAUCAAAGUAGAUUUUAUUGAAGAACAUAGAUAACAUGACAUAGGAAUAUACAAUUCAGCUUUGCUUGUAUCUGACUGGAAUUAGUGUAAAAGAAGUCACUAUAUUAGGGAUAACUGAGCUGACAUAAUUAAAUGUUGACUAAAACAAUAAAUUUAUUCAUCUGUAAAACUCAAAUAUAAAAUAAGAGUAUCAGCACAAUAAUUCACUAUAAGAUAAAUGGGUCUACAUUGCAUUUGCUAACUCAGUUAACUAUAGCCAAAAAUAUCUUGUGAUUGAUGACUUAGGUCAAAUCUCAAUGUAUUAGAAUUCGAUACCUUUCAAAGCAGAUAUUCUAAAUCUUGUCUCAUUUUACAUUGGAGGAAAUUCAUCUUCUGAAACCUUUAGUGGGUAUUUGAGGCACAUUAAAAUAUUUAGGAAAUUUUUAUCAACCGGACAGUCUCUUAGAAUUAUUCAUCAUCAAACUGGAAUCAUUAAUAACAACAAUUUGAAUUAUUACGGUUUAGCUGCAAUAUACCCUUUCACAGAACCAAUGGGUCCUUAUAUAAGAGAGUAGAUUUCAGGAGAAUAGAAUAUAAUUGACACUAAUGAUUAUGAUUACAUAUCUUAUCCAAGCUUACCAAUAAUGUGUGACGGUGACUCAUAAUAUUCAAAUCUAGGAUACUGUCAACUUAUUAAUAACUGGUCGUAAAUAACACUCAAAGUUUGUGAAGAGAUUCAGGAAGCACAAUUUUCUAAAAAUAAAGAUCUUCCAAUAUUGAUUGGAUAUUUCAAACUUGAUGAAAGUGCUGGCGAUUAUAUUUAUAAUACUGCAACGAAUGCUAAGAUCGAUGCCUUCAUUAAAUUGAGUUAUUUUGUUAAGAAAUGGGUACAUGACAUAGAAUUUGGAAGCUCUUAAUAGAUAAAUCUCACAGUAUGUAAUGAAUAGUUCAAUGAGUUGGUUGAUUAGCAUUGCGAAAGUUGGUUCGGAUGCUAUUAAAUAAAUGUAUCAGUUCCAAAAACUACAAACAAACUUGCGUUUAAUAAUGCCCUUUUAAUACUUUCUAAGUAUUCAAUUCUACUUAAGAUUAAGAUUUUUGUAUUAAUUGCCAGAGACCCUAGUGUAUUUGUGAUGAACAAGAUUUUAAUUCAUGUCAUGGCUGCAUUGAGAAUUCUAGCUCACUUUAUAUUAGACUUCCUGAGAAAGAUUGUAUUCAACGAUGCCCAAUUGGAACAUUUUAUGAUUCUAUCAAUUAGACAUGUUCUAAUUGCUCCAUUGAAUGCCAAUCUUGUACUGGUCCAAAAAAUGGGACCUGGUCCCGAUUAGUGCAUUAAGUGUGCUCUUAACUAUAAAAUUUAUAACAAGAAAUGUACAUAAUGUGAUUUUAUACCUGGAUUUUAAUCUCCAAUGGUUAAUAAUAAUUGCUAUGAGGUUUGCGGAGAUAGUAAAAACUUGGGAUUUCAUGAAUGCGAUGAUGGCAAUUUAUUAAAUGGUGAUGGUUGUGAUGAAAAUUGUAUGCUAGAACCAGGAAUAAAUAAAUACAUAGCUUGGUCCACUAGACAAAGAGGAUCUGGAGAUAUUUAUAAAAAUGGCUGA